AUGCGGCCAGAGACGAGAUGCCGGACCUUUGUUUCGCCAGAAGUCGACGCAGUCGCCGAGAGCGUGGCAGCUGAUAUCGCGGAUCCAGACUUACGGCAGCUCUUUCGCAAUGCCUGGCCAAACACUCUCGACACGACCGUCAAAUGGAGAGGGUACUCCGCGGACAACUCGGAGGAGGAGCUUGCUUUCAUUAUUACCGGAGACAUCCCGGCCAUGUGGCUUCGCGACUCGGCCAACCAGAUCCAGUCGUAUGCCCCAAUUCUGAAGGCGUCCGGUAGCAAGGACUCCCUGGCUUCACUGUACAGAGGUGUGAUCAAUCUUCAAGCUCGAUAUCUAAUGAUCUCGCCAUAUUGCAACGCCUUUCAGGCACCUCCCGAGUCUAACCUGAAGCGCGAGCACAAUGGCGCAUAUGGCGGAUAUACAGUAAGACCAGACUACAGUUUUGAAACCGUGUUCGAAUGCAAGUACGAGCUGGACAGCUUGGCAGCCUUCCUUCAAGUCUCGUCCACAUACUUCACACAAACUGGCGAUGCCGAGUUCUUCGGCAAGUUCAACUGGUACCGUGCAGUCGAGACGCUUUUGUCGGUCGCCGAGGGAAUGCGAGACCACACAACGUACAGAGAGAAUGGCUCGCAAGACGAUAGUCCCUACUACAUAACCCAAGGAGGAGUGUUCAUCAAUCAUCACACUGGUAAUCCGACGGCAGCGAAUACAGGCUUGAUUCGAUCCUACUACCGGCCGUCAGAUGAUCCGACUGUCUACCAGCUGUUCAUACCGGCAAACAUGCAAUUCUCUCAUUUCCUCGGCCUUUGCACGGAUAUCGUGGAGAAGCUGGGCGAGAAGCCGGAUCUCGCCCGCCGCAUGAAGGAUUUAUCGAACGGCGUCAAGGCCGGUAUCAAAGAGCACGGCAUCGUUUCCACCAAGGAACACGGCGAUGUCUACGCUUUUGAGGUCGAUGGAUAUGGCGGUGUCAACAUGAUGGACGACUCGAACUCGCCAUCACUGCUCUCUGCUCCUCUUUUCGGCUUCCUGGACGUCAAUGACUCCGUAUACCAAGCUACCCGAAAGCGAGUGCUCAGUGUCUUGAACCCAUACUGGUGUCAUGGACCAGUCAUCAGCGCCGUUGGUGGACCUCAUCAUGGUCCAUCGAUGGCUUGGCCGAUGGCGUCUAUCGUGCGAAUCUUCACUGCGACCGAUGAUGACGAGAUCGUGAGACAGCUGCAGCAGCUCGUCAGCAGUACGGAUGGAUUGGGUCUGAUCCACGAGAGCAUCAGGUCGUACAAUGUGUCUGACUGGACACGGCCAUGGUAUGUGUUCUUCCAUCGAUGUCUGGAGGCAAAUGCUGAUCAUAUCUUUAGGUUCGCCUGGGCGAACGGCCUUUUCGGCGAAGCCAUUGUCGAUCUCCACAAACGCAAACCACAUCUCUUGCAGAAGAGCUUCCAGCAAGUGUGA